AGUUAUGGACUUGCCCUAAAGAAGAACCAAAACGGCAAAACUACCAGUUCUGCAGUGACCAGAGAGAGAGAGAUGUGGAAGAAGGUAUUUGCAAGCGCCAGUGGCGCAUUACAUCCAUGGCGAAUGGUACCUCAUCGCAAAUCCAGCGUUUACACCGCCGUCGACUCUAUAAUACUUCGCUCCCUCAAAGAACACUACCUUGAAGUCUCUAAAAUGACUCAACCACCGAAAGUAAACCCGCCGUCACCUUUUGCGAUUGUGAAAGGUGCGCUUGACAACAACGGUCCCGUUCUCCAACGAACUUACGGCGAUGAAGAAAUUAGUAUAUCUGUGAUGCGGUUGGCCAAUAUUAUUCCUGGUGGUGGAGACGGUGAUGAUGACGACGGAAUUAAUCAGUUGUUCCUUCAUGUCGAUGUCUCGAAACCCGGCCGAGAUGAUUCCCUUCAUUUCCUAUGUGGGCUUUAUCCGGACGCAUUGGGAAUCCACUCUGUGUCCUUGAGGCCAAAACUUCAAUCUUCUCAACUCCUCGUUGUUCCUUCCAAGUAUAGUGGCCCGGUUUUCCAAGAUCUGGAAGAGCGGAUGAGGGAUGCACUUCAUAAUUACGUAGAACAACGUGGUGUCAACGAGAGUCUCUUUCCUUUUCUACAGGCAUGGCUUUAUGUGAAGGACCAUCGGAAUCUUAUGCGGUGGUUCAAAACAACGGGCACCUUCAUUAACGAGCGCAAAUCAGCAUGAGCUGUUAAAAUAUUGUAGUUUUCUCAGUAGAAACAAAUGGGUCAAUGGCUCCAAGUAAGUGCUGUAACUUUGAUAAAGUUCAAGCUGCUAUUCAAAUGAGCUGUUUAAUAUUUUAGUGCUGGGGGUGAAUACUAAUACUUCUUCAGCUGUACACCAAGGUUUAGAUAUCUCACUUGUUUUUUUGCUUUUUUUCCCCUUUCAGUCUUUGAGGGUUUGAGAAAUAUCCAUUUUAUGUUGUGUAUAAGGGGUCUUUCCAUUACAGACAUACAACAUAUGUUAUUUAUGAGUUGCCUCGUCCACUUACCUUCAAUUUUCAAUGGAAUUCAAAAUUCAGGCUAAGAACUUGUUUC